AUGGACUCACCCACGUGCCUUUGCAACCUCCCAUCCCCGACGAACUACGCCCAACCGCCGCCUCCGCCGCCGGCCGCAGACGCGGCUGCCCCUUCUCAGGAGAAGUCCGAUAGCCCCUACGCAUAUGACGCCACUUCGGACACAUUUGAUAUUUCCAAAAUCAUCGCUAUGGAAUCGGAUGAAUUUCUCAAGAAGCACUAUCCCACAAGCAAGCAAGAGCCCGACCUGCGCACACGUCCACAGACUGGUCGAACCGUACAUCUUACCAGCAAGACGGACUUGGCCAAGGCUCUGAAGCUUCUCGACUUCAACUGCAGGAAGAACAAGAUCAAGAGACAGUUUCAACUGCAGAAGUUCCAUGAGCGCCCAGGAAAGAAGCGCAAGAGACAGAAGAGCGAGAGAUGGAGGGCUCGUUUCAAGGAAGGGUUCAAGGCAACAGUGGCGAGAGUCAUGGAGCUCAAGAACCAAGGUUGGUAG